GCCCGGCGGCCCCGCAGCCGCCGCCGCCGCGGCCCGGCCCGCCUCCCCCCAGCACCCCGCGAGGAACAGCUCCGGUGCAGCUUGCGGCACCGCAGUGAAGGGGGAGAGAGGGAGAAGAGAGACAGGAGGGGAGGAAGGAGGGAAGGAAGCAGCCCGCCUCGUUGGGUUACCGAGAGCAGUACGGGAGCUGCCAGGACAAACUGAGUCUUUUACAAAAAUAGCUCCUCCAGGGUUAGGCUUUUUUUUUUUUUUUUUUUUUUUCUUUUUCUUUCAGCCGAGUGCACGGCAGACAGAGGGGCCCCCUCCCAGGUGCACCCAACCCGCCGGCCUGAGGGGCACCCGCAGCACAGCCGGCAGAAUGUACCAGGGCCACAUGCAGGCAGUAGGUGAAACCUUGAAGAAAAAGUGGCUCUGUCUUCAAAAAAGUGACCUGACCUUUGCUUUGUGUCUGUGCGUACCACGUCGACCCAGACCUUGCCUCCUGCAGUGCGCGCCGUCUCGUGUCGCGUUGCGCGGGUGCGCUCGGGCCGCUGCUGACUCGCCCUUGUUGGUUUCCCUGUUGUAGGGGAAAGGCUCUAGGGCGGCAGAUAAGGCUGUUGCCAUGGUGAUGAAGGAGAUUCCGAGGGAUGAGGCUGCAGAGGAAAAGCCCCUCCUCACUAUGGCGUCACAGCUAGUGAACGAGCAACAAGAAAGCAGACCCCUUCUGAGUCCCUCCAUUGAUGACUUUCUCUGUGAAACUAAACCAGAAGCUGUUGCAAGGCCUGUAACUUCAAAUACUGCAGUAUUAUCAACAGGUCUGGAUCUCUUGGAUCUUAGUGAACCUACCUUACAAACCCAAAACAAAGCAAAGAAAUCAGAGAAUCCAUCAAGAGGUGAAGGCUUAAAAACUUCAACCCACAGAAAGAAGACAGACAAUUCUGACCUUAUCAGUGUGGAUACUGAACAGAAAGUUCAGACUGUCAGAGUUUCAGACAAGUCUUCACUAGAUUUAGUUGAUAUUCAGACACAAAUUGAGAAAUGGGAUGAUGUUAAUUUUCCUGGAGACAAGAGUUGCAAGGUCCAUCCUUCUGCAGAACGAACAUCAUCAUCAUCAUCAUCCAGAGCUCCAUCAAAAGAGCUUUUAUGGUCCACAGAAAAUAGAUCACAGUCUGAGCUGACUAAUGUCAAGAGCACUUUCGACACUGAUUCAACAUCAGAACUAGAAGUAGCACCUGCAAUACAGGUGCGAUCAACUAAGGAGCAGCGUUGGGGAGGGCCUCUUCUCUCAAGAAAUCACUCAUUGGAAGAGGAAUUUGAAAGAGCGAAGGCAGCUGUGGAGUCAGACACAGAGUUCUGGGAUAAAAUGCAAGCAGAAUGGGAAGAAAUGGCUCGCAGGAACUGGAUUUCAGAAAACCAGGAAGCACCAGGGCAAGUCACCAUCUCUACAAUUGAGAAGGGAUAUUAUUUCCAUACAGAAAAUCCUUUCAAAGACUGGCCAGGUGCUUUUGAGGAAGGACUGAAAAAAAUGAAAGAAGGUGACCUGCCCGUUACAAUUUUGUACCUGGAGGCUGCUAUUCUACAAGAGCCCAAUGAUGCAGAGGCCUGGCAGUUCCUGGGCAUAACACAGGCAGAGAAUGAAAAUGAGCAAGCAGCCAUUGUCGCCCUCCAAAGGUGCUUGGAACUGCAACCAAAUAACCUAAAAGCUCUGAUGGCACUAGCUGUAAGUUAUACUAACACAGGCCAUCAACAGGAAGCCUACCAAGCUCUAAGAAACUGGAUAAAGCAAAAUCCGAAGUACAAGUAUAUAGCAAAAAGCAAAAAAGGGUCCCCAGCACUUACCAGGAGAAUGUCUAAGACAUCAGAUGAAAGCUCAUUACUUGAAGAAGUAAAGGAUUUAUACCUGGAGGCUGCUCACCAGAAUGGUGACAUGAUAGACCCUGACUUGCAGACAGGACUUGGAGUUCUUUUCCACCUGAAUGGAGAAUUUAACAGAGCAAUAGAUGCAUUUAGUGCUGCUUUAACUGUUCGGCCAGAGGACUAUACGCUAUGGAACCGUCUUGGAGCAACCCUGGCAAAUGGGGACCGAAGCGAAGAAGCUGUUGAGGCCUACACACGUGCUUUAGAAAUACAACCUGGCUUCAUUAGGUCCAGAUACAAUUUAGGCAUAAGCUGUAUCAACCUAGGAGCAUACAGAGAGGCUGUCAGCAAUUUUCUCACUGCUCUCAGUUUGCAAAGGAAGAGCAGGAAUCAACAGCAGGUUCCCCAUCCUGCUCUAUCAGGCAAUAUUUGGGCAGCACUUCGUAUUGCUCUGUCUAUGAUGGACCAGCCAGAACUAUUUCAAGCUGCCAAUGUGGGAGAUCUAGACAUUCUAUUAAGAGCUUUUAAUCUAGAGCCGUAAUACAAAGUAUCCACACAUUAAGUUAUAUUUAGGAAGCAGAGAACUCUUUUAUUACUCAUCUCAAAAUGACCACAAUUCAAAAAAGAUCACGGUUGUAGAUCAGUAGGGGAAUUCUCUCAGAUGUUAUUCAGAAAGGAAAAGUUCAAAAGCACAAAAUAUUCUAAAUAUGCUCAGUCUCAAAGGAUCCAAAUGAGCACCAGCUGAUCUGACAAAGCCCUGAAUUAGAUGAAUAUCUUCAUCCCAUGCAAGCUCUCUCUCUCUAUAUACAUAUAUAUACACACACACAACUAUACAAAGAAAUACAUGAAAAACAAACCUAGAUAAUUAUUAUCACACAUUAAAAUAGCAAGCAACGCAUCCAAGGAACCUGAUUAGCAGCUCAUCACACUAUGCCGACAUCGCUUUGCCAUGCAACAUAAGUUCUUCAUCCUCUGCUUUCUUUGAAAUAUCUUUUCAAAGUCCAUCUUUAACAUAGCUCUGAAAACAGAUGCAUGAAAAAUGGAUGUAUUUUAUUUUGAAUGUAUUUAUUAUUCGGUAUUCAAGAAAAUCUUUGCUUCUGAAGGUACCUUGAUUAAUUUGGGCCAAGGUUGAUGUAAACCAUGUGUGAUAUUCAUGGGAACACUGUACAUGGAGGUCUAUGAGAUUAGACCAUGUAUAUAUUGAAAGGACAGCUGCUGCAAGUAGAAGCAGUAAUUUGCACUAGAAUUGUUGCUGUUUAAACCAGCUACCCCCGAUCGUGGACAGAGAAUGUCUGCUUCAAAGGAGCUCACAGCAGGAUCUGUCAAUGUAUACUUAUGCACUUUAAUCUUUCUUUUUGUAAAAUUGUGCUAUGAUUUACUUUUAUUUUAAUUACUAAGUACAGAAUAUACAGGAUAGCCUUGUUGGCAUAAAGGACCAAAUAUCAUUUCCUGAAAUGUGAUAAGAGGGUUUUCAAAAUUCUUAUGUUUAAAUGAUGCAAAUACAAUAUAAACUGCAAUAUCUAUUAGUUUAUUCUAUUAUGCAUCAGGUACUACAUAUGCAUGCGUGUGCAUGCACAUAUUAUGUGUAUUAUAUCAUUCAAAACAUAUUAAGCCACAGAGCACUUUUGCAAAUAAAGAAAAGUCUUCAUAGGAGCUCAUACCUGCAAAGCAUGCUCAAGGGAAAGUUUUUGCUGAAACGUAUCCUCUAUUUAAUGCUUGUAUGAUCAGGACUGAGAUUCAAUCCUGCUGUUGUGGCAAACAGUAUCAAAAAGUUUCAGUGACACCUAUGACAGCAAGCUAAAUGCUUAGAUAACAUCAGUACUUCUAGCUACUUAAAAAUAUAUAUGCAUAUCAUUUUAAUUUUUCCCCGCUUGGAUGAAUGGGGAACAGAAUUGAGGGAUGGGGCUGCGCUGUUACACAACAAAUGGACUGAUUUUGGUACAGUGCAAACAGGCUUAGCUUGAGAUAAAUGUAUCAAUCAAAUACAGGAACAUGCAUAUUUCUAAGGGGAGUCAUUUUCAGUUAUUGGUAUUUUUACUUUUUUCCUAAGCAGUGGAAAAAAGAAAUACAAUUGGAUGGCUACUGCACUGAUUCGUGGUCAGGGAUGUGAGGUGUAGGAUUGCUACUUGAGUGUUAUGAAGUGGAUAAGCAGCACAUUUCCUGUAAACAGCACUGAAGACAACAACAAAGCAGAACAACUGAAUCAACUGCUUAAGAAAAAAAAAAAAUCACAUGCACAAAUCACAGAAAGAAUCUCUAUGGGAACUGGCAGUUUCACCACUAUGAGCUUAAGUUCCUUGCAGCUGUCUGUUAUUUUGAGCAGCCACUUAAAGGAAAACUCCAUCUCAGUUAGUGCAAUCGCUGCAUCUAAUUACUAAUGCAAUUGGUUAAAAUAAUUGUUUCUUAUAAAAAAAUAAGAGGCUUACCUCUCAUUCAUGCCUGCAGAAUAGAGGUGCUGAAACAGCUACAAGAAUUUAUUCAUAGUGCUCUAUUAGUUCCUUGUUUAUAUACAUUCCUAUUUAUCUAUCAAGCAUUUAAUGACAUUAUUUCUUCCAUUUUCUCUAAGGACUGGUUAUCAAAGACUGCCUGGGAAUGACAUUUCAGCUAAGCAUGCUGCUGUACGCAUAUCUGCUGACAACAGUUUGCUCUUUGCUUUGACAGCGAUGUGUGAUGACAGCCCUGUAUCGAUAAGGCAGAGCAGAAGGUGCACUGCAAUUGAAUCUGGGAAGUGAUAGGAGGGAAGGGAGGCAGCUUUGAGAAGAGAUCAUAACACAAAGGCAUAUGUGCUUAGAUUGUUUGAUGCCCUACCAUCACGCGAGUCCUUCUAGAAUAUCCGCUGUGCUGUAGGAUAAUAGGGAUUACCCAGAGGAAUGAGCUGCUCAAGAAUUAUAUUUUUAUACCUUUCAAAUAAAAAAAACUCAAGUCAGAAAGACAAGGAACAUUUGCUGUUGAUGACAGUUCACUAGACCUCUCUUUUUUUCCUCUAGCACAUGUAGGAUGAACAUAGAAAUUUUGUUAGGAAAACCUGUCGGGCAGCCUCUGUGCCAGACUUCCCUACGCUCAGCAGCUCCUGGUACUUCUAGGUUCAGUGCUGUGCAUGCCCCAGUAUUCUGGGCCUUACUGUCCUUCAGCCCCCACCAAACACUGCCAGUGCACAGGACAGGACUCCACAUGGCUCUGGUCUGACCUCCUCAUGGUUAAAGAGGUUGCAGCAUAUUAACACCUUGAGAAAGAAAUGCAGCCAUUGUAAUUCCAACCAGGCACGAGGCAGGAUAAAUAAGGCUGCUGAGCAGUAGCAGAUUGAGUUUGAGGCUGAGAGACAGGAAAUCUGGAUCUUCUUCUCAUUGCUUCCUGUGAGUUCCCCCCAGUCAACAUCUCCUCCUAUCCCCUACUCAUCCAGGUGUGCAGGGAAGGAAGGGCAGCCAGCCAGUGUGCACUGCAGAAUUGCACAAAGGUAAAGGAAUGCUGCUGUCUCACAGACUGUGUGAGUAGGGUCACCCACGUAAAUUCAGAGAAGGCAAUGCAAGGAUCUGAGCAACCAUAUACAAGUAAGGAAGCAGUUCUACUUAAAGACUAGAAAUUUCAGCAGAGAUGAGACCCUGAGACACUCCAGGGUCACAACAGCACAGCACCUACAGGCUGAUGCUAAAUUAGUGCUGUGAUAUUUUAUCAUCACCUCCCACUCCUGCUUCCCCUUCUUGUUACUCCCUUCUUUCUCCAGAGGUAAUGUAUCACUGCCAGGUAAUUGAUUCCAAGCUUUUGAGUCAUCCCUCUGUUUUAUAUAUUUCACACAAGUAAGAAGCACUUCCCUAACCCAAGCUUGUGAACUGUCCCUCGCCUCUGCAAAGAUUUAUGAGUAUUUAUAACAAGUCUGAUCCAUGAAGCUGCUGAACACUCAAAGUCUGUGGUCUUUGCAUGAUUAGCUCAAAUGCAGUUACCAGAUGAGGGCUGCCCUCUGAUACCACUGCACGCGCUGAACAGUAACCAGAAUAAAAGGGAUUAUUUACAGAGUGAGGCUUUACAAUGAAAGCAAUAGGCUCAUUUCUUGCUGAUCUUUUUAAACUGUAAUGACUCUAAUACCCUUGUUGCAAUAGACUGGUUUAUGUUUGUUUAAAGUGUGGAUUUGAUCUCUAGGUAAAUACAAACAUAUCUGUAUGUAAUGAUAUUUUCUUAAGAUCUGUUAAAUCAGAGCACUUCUGCAACUAUCCAAGAGGAGGUUCCAAUAAUGCUAAACCUCGUAUGACAAUAUUGCAUGCAACUACACUAACAAAUAACUGUACUGAAAUAUUAAUACAAAGCAUGUGGUGCUGCUACCUGAGUAUAUGUUUAGAGAAUGCAUGCAGAGGGCGCACACAUAGGGUAUUUUUAAUCUAUUAAUCAAUAUCUUCUGUGGGAUGUUUUAAAAGCGCUUUGCAUCUGCCAAAUCCAAGACUGAGUUCAGGUUAUUUGGAACAGUUCAAACAAAACACAGAGCACUUUUUAAACCUCAACCGCAGAAAUCACCUGUCCGUCAGGUGGGCAGGAGGAUCUCAGCAGCACCAACAGCUCAGCCAGGUGAUCCUACCAACAUUUGUAGAGCACAGGCCUCCAUGUCAGGAAUAAUAACCAAUGAAUUACCGGCAGCCAGGGGCCUAAAUCAUUGUCUGUCAGGGCCAGUGAGAAUAGGGACUGUCACACAGAUAGGCUGUAGGUCUCUCUUACCUGAAAAUGCGUCUGCAAAAUGAGACAUAUGAGUUACUUCACAUAAUAACCUGCACAUUUAAAGAGAUUUCUGCUCAGCAGUGUUGUCAAUUUUGCAGUCUGUACAGUGAAUCUAUGUUGCAAGUGCUUACAAUACUGAGCAUUUACAGAUAGAAGCGGCAGGAAAAUGCACUGCACGUUGUGAAAAUAACUGGUGGUUCAGGCCAUAUGCAGUACAGCAUUAUCUAUUAUUCAAAUCUCAGCAUAGACUAGAAAUCAGAUUACUUCAUUAUAGUUCUAUUUCUGGACUGCUAAAAUAUAUCAGAGACAAGAGUACCAUGCAUGAAAUGACCACUGAUGCUUUGAACAAACCUAAGCAAAAGGAAAAAACGAGCAUGCCACAGAACCCACAGAAGGUGUCAGAGCCUCAGCCCACAAGCAAUAGGUACUAUGCACGGGAGAGAGACGGAAGGAAUACUAAGCUGUAACUUUACAAAUGCUUGCACAUGGUGACAGCAAGCUUGCAUGGUCAAGACUUAAUGUGCUUUGAUCUUUUUUUUUCCCCCUUCCACAUUUACAGACUGUCACUGACAUUGGCUAGAACUUUAAUUUAAACAGCCUUUUUAAUAUCAGCAAUUAUUGUAAAUUCAGAAAAAUCAAAACAUUUAUAAAUAUAUUUUAUAUAUCAGAGUAUAACAUAUUUAAAGUAAAAUACAACUAUAUAGUUUUGAAAGGCAUUCUGUGCAGCUGCUUCUAUAUGCUGUAAACUGUUUGAAAACCUUUGCAAUCUUGCAUUCGUUUCUUUGGCUUUAUUUUUAAGCCAACAUACAAGACAGAAAAGACUGUAGGGUUGGCAGAUACUUUCACCUGGGCUAUCUGAAGAGCCCUGCUGCUGUGCAGACUUGCGUGGUUCACUUCACAUUUCCUGUUGGUGGGCAAGUGUAUGUGCAAGGCACCGCAGCGAGGUGGAUGCGGAGGUGGGAGUUCAGCCCUACUCCUGAAUGUUUACAUUCCAUUACAAAGGUCCAUACAGACUCAAACAGAGUCUGAGUCUGCAAGAACGUAUGGAGUUUUAAAAAGAAAAUGUUUCUUAUGACAAAUAACUCACCUCUCUAUUCCCAGUGCAUUAUCAGCUGUGUACAAUAUUAAACACAGAACUGUAGUUUACUGAUGCUUUAAUUUGUUGUUCCCUUGCACUGCUCUUUAAAAUAGUUGACUUUUGAAGAAAUAUAUUAUUAUGUGCUUAUUGGAUGUGUUAAAUUUAUUAAGCUCAUAAUUACUAUUUGCAGAGCACCACUUAAUGUAGUAUUUUUGUACUGUAAUGGAAGCAUGCCUUCCUUGGGUUCUUUUCCACAUAAUAAAUUGUAUUUAUUUAUCUGUAUUUAUAUCUGUGCAAUUUUUAAAUAUGUUUUAAAAAAUAAAACUUUGUCUGUGGCUUCAAA